UUCGUCUGUGCGACCAAGCAGUGAUUUAUGAAGACAAAGACGAAGUUCUUUUUUUGCGCGCCUUUACAACGCGAUGAUACUAAAGUACAAAAACGGUACAAUGGAGCUAAAACCUGCGACUAAUUCUGAGGAUUAGGAAAGGGAAGAUAAAAUGAAAAUUAAUGAAAGCCGAUUAAUGAACAUUUCUUCUUUGAAGCCCUCUGAGUUCCCACUCAGUCGUCCUCCGUGGGUCUCUACAACUUUGGGCAGCGUUCUGAUAUUCACCAUCAUCAUCGAUAUAUUAGGUAACCUCCUCUUGAUCCUCUCCGUGUACAGGAAUAAGAAAUUAAGAAACGCAGGGAACACAUUUGUGGUGAGCCUGGCAGUAGCAGACCUACUGGUGGCCAUCUACCCCUAUCCCCUGGUACUGACAUCCAUUUUCCAUAACGGAUGGAACUUGGGCUUUGUCCACUGCCAAGUCAGUGGCUUCCUGAUGGGCCUGAGUGUCGUUGGCUCCAUAUUCAACAUCACGGCCAUCGCCAUCAACCGCUACUGUUACAUUUGCCACAGCCUCAAGUACAGCAAGCUCUACUGCAAAAAAAACUCCCUGUGCUAUGUCCUUCUUAUCUGGAUACUAACUGUGGUUGCUAUAGUGCCAAACUUCUAUGUGGACUCACUGCAGUACGACCCCCGGGUGUACUCUUGCACAUUCACGCAGUCUGCCAGCUCGGCCUACACCAUAGCAGUGGUCUCCUUCCAUUUCCUACUUCCCAUCCUGAUUGUCACCUACUGCUACCUGAGGAUCUGGAUUUUGGUCAUCCAGGUGCGGAAACGCGUCAAACCUGAGCUCCGGCCCAAGAUCACGCCACACGACAUCAGGAACUUCGUCACCAUGUUCGUGGUAUUUGUACUCUUCGCCGUUUGCUGGGCACCGCUCAACUUCAUCGGCCUGGCUGUCGCUGCAGACCCAGAACGAGUGGCACCACUCAUCCCUGAGUGGCUCUUUGUAUCCAGUUACUUCGUGGCCUACUUCAACAGCUGCCUUAAUGCCAUAAUCUAUGGGCUGCUCAAUCAGAACUUCCGGCGAGAGUACAAAAGGAUCAUUGUUUCGUUUUGCACUGCUAAGGUGGUCUUCCCAGAGAGCUCCAAUGAGGUCGUAGACAGAAACAAAAGCAAGCCAUCCCUUUUAUUGACAAACAACCAAAAAAUUGAGUCAGUGUAA